AUGGCUGCGAACGGUUCCGCCAAUUCUCCUACUCCCGCAAGGGCAUCGCCUGCUCCUCAGGCCCCCAAUGCCCCUGCGCCUCCUGCUGUCAAUGACAACCGCAACAUUGUCCGCCGCAAGCUGACGGGCUAUGUUGGCUUUGCGAACCUGCCCAACCAAUGGCAUCGCAAGAGUGUCCGAAAGGGAUUCAACUUCAACGUUAUGGUCGUCGGCGAGUCUGGUCUCGGAAAGUCCACCCUCGUCAACACCUUGUUCAACACCUCCCUGUACCCUCCCAAGGAGCGCAAGGGUCCCAGCCUCGACAUCAUCCCAAAGACUGUCACUAUCCAGUCCAUCAGCGCAGAUAUUGAGGAGGCCGGUGUUCGCCUAAGACUGACCGUUGUUGACACUCCCGGCUUCGGCGACUUCGUCAACAAUGAUGAGUCUUGGAGACCGAUUACCGACAACAUUGAGCAGCGCUUCGAUGCUUACCUCGAUGCCGAGAACAAGGUCAACCGAAUGAACAUCGUGGACAACCGUAUCCAUGCCUGCGUUUUCUUCAUUCAGCCUACCGGCCACUCCCUCAAGCCCCUUGACAUUGAGGUCAUGAAGCGCCUUCACACGAAGGUCAACCUGAUCCCAGUCAUUGCCAAGGCCGAUACCCUCACUGACGAGGAGAUCACUGCCUUCAAGCACAGAAUUCUUGCCGAUAUUAAGCAUCACAAGGUUCAGAUCUUCGAAGGCCCUCGUUAUGAGCUUGACGAUGAGGAGACCAUUGCUGAGAACAAUGAGAUCCUGUCUAAGGUUCCAUUCGCAGUUGUCGGCGCUACGAACGAGAUCACCAACGCCGAUGGUCGCAAAGUCCGAGGCCGUCGCUACCCUUGGGGUGUCAUUGAGGUGGAUAACGAAGAGCACUGUGACUUCGUGAAGCUACGCCAGAUGCUCAUCCGAACACACAUGGAGGAGCUGAAGGAGCACACCAACAACACCCUAUACGAGAACUACCGAACGGACAAGCUCAUCCAAAUGGGUGUCUCUCAGGACCCCAGCGUCUUCAAGGAGGUCAACCCCGCCGUCAAGCAAGAGGAAGAGCGCGCUCUUCACGAGCAAAAGCUCGCCAAGAUGGAAGCCGAGAUGAAGAUGGUCUUCCAACAGAAGGUCACCGAAAAGGAGUCAAAACUGAAGCAGAGCGAGGAAGAGUUAUACGCUCGUCAUCGGGAGAUGAAGGAGCAACUAGAGCGCCAACGAUUAGAGCUCGAGGAGAAGAAGGCACGCGUAGAGAGCGGUCGACCAUUGGAGAAGGAAGGAAAGCGCAAGGGUUUCUCCCUUCGCUAA